AUGUACGAGACCGUUCCAGAAACCGCUCGCUACGAGUUUUAUCCCGGCUACCUACAACAGAUUCGACCCGGAAUCUUACAGCAGCCGGCCCAGCUCAUCAUACUAACCGGCCGAGCCUUUAUAUCCCGAGCAGGAGAGUAUGCAGAAAGAAGAACUUGGAGCUUGGCAACAUGGCGUUAACAAGUCUUCGGGAACUUCCUCGGUGAACCAUGAAGAACGAUCUGUCUCGGAACAGAAGCAGGAAAGCCUCGAGCCGGAAUCUGAAGACCAUUCUCAAAAUCAAGAUAUCCAGGCCUUGCAAGAAAGUAUUCGAAAGCUUCAGUUGAGCCUCGAAUCAGAGACGGACCGGAGACAGAGACUGGAACGUGAGAAUCAAGAGUUGAAGGAAAAGGAGGCUGAGAGUUUACUGUCAGAAAUUAUGCAGCUUCGAAGCUCCAACGAUGAGCUACGGAUGACUCUUACAACCACGGAGAUAGAACUCGAAGCCAAUAAAAGGGAGCAUGAGGAGAUGUGCGAAGAUUACCAAGAGGAGAUGAAGAAGAAAACAGCCAAGAUUGAGGAACUCUACUCGGAAGCAAGAGAAUUGAAGGCAAAGUUGUGUGAGCUUAAUCUUGAAAUGGAGGAUGAGAAGUUCUCGCAAGGAGAGUUCUUAAACGAAGAACCUUUAUCAUCCUCGGCUGGAUGUAUGAAAUGCAAGCAUCUGCGUCUGCAGCUAAAGGGCUCUAACAAGAAGCUCCAAGACCUAGGGCCAUGCACACAAGCUCUUUGUGACAUCCGACUCAUUUUCUUGAUUUCAAAGGAUGGAGGAAGGGGCUUGGAUCGUGCCAUCUGGCAAGGGAAUACUGUUGCGCAUUGUGGAAACAUCCUUGUCGACGUCUUUCUAUUUAUAUCGGGCUACUUCAAUCGCGAGGAACAUGCUGAAAUGUUCUUUCGCUUAUACAACCGAUCUAUCGACAUCUUUUUAGAUCCGAAGUUCGAUUUCGAUGCUCUGAGAAAAAUGCCAAAGGUCUGCGGUAUCAUAAACGCCCGGGCAACAAUGGCUCACCAAGAUUCCUCUACCAAAAACUCUAAUAAUAUUGGCAUCGACCGAACCUUUGAGGAUUUGGAGAAGGCAUUCGACAUACUCUGGAACCGCUACAUCGGAUCUGGUAAAAUGGAGCGCUUGGAAAGUCUUCCCGAAAUCUCAGACAUACACAAAGAGAUGGAAUGUUUGUCAACUAGUAUUGUUAAGUUGGGAACGGCACGUCGUAAGAAGAAAGGAAAAGGUCCAAAUAAGUCUCCACUACCAUCUUCCGACUCUUCUGGGUAUCAAGGAGAUGGAUCGAGUCGCUAG